UCCUGCCGUGUUGUCUUCACACAGAUUGUUUUCAGAUAUUUGAUGAAGGUGUUUCCCUGCAGGCGUCUCUCCUCUCGGCGCUGCUCGUCUUCAUGUGUGUCGUCUCGUCUCUCUGCCAGGAGGAAUAUUCUGGACACCACUCAGGUGAGGAACACACCUAUGAAGGCUCUGUGGUCGAAAGCUACGACAACAUCGUCUCUCCUCAGCCAGAGUAUCCACCGGAGCCGACUCACAGCUACGACGAGGACGCGAGGUCCGGGGAGAGGGAAUACGACCCCUACGGCCUUGAACCCACCCAGGUCACCAUGAUCACCGCGGACGCCUUCCCCUACGCCACCACGGCCGAGUCCCACUACGCCAAGGAGGACACAGAGACCAUGCAGGUCCCGUACAAGUAUCCUCCAGCAGGACCGGACUCCUCGGAGGAGUCUGGUGAUGACGCAGCGCUCGGGCAGGAGGGGCCGACAGAGUGCGACUGUGAACCCGGUCAGCCUGGGUUCGCUGGCUUUGCGGGACCAAAGGGAUCCAGAGGUCUGCAGAGUAAAACUGGUGAGCCAGGAACUCAAGGCAGAGAGGGUUAUAAAGGAACCAAAGGGGUUCGGGGAAGAGGAGGAGACACCGGACCAGUGGGCGACGCCGGACCUGAAGGAGAUGACGGAGCUUCUGGUUUCUCCGGAGCCAUGGGUGAACCUGGACUUAUAGGAGACCUGGGCGAGCACGGAGAGCUGGGUCUGAAGGGAGACGGCGGUAUGGAGGGACCCCGCGGAGGAGUCGGAGGUCCCGGUGGGACGGGCCCUCAUGGUGACGCUGGGCCUGCAGGACCAAAGGGCGCUGGAGGUGUCAAGGGCUCUCGGGGGGCCGAAGGGACCGAGGGUCCUCUGGGACGAGACGGACUGAAGGGUCAGAUCGGAGCUCCAGGCUUUCCAGGUGACGUCGGCGACAGCGGCUACACUGGUUAUCCUGGUCAGCAAGGAUCGUUCGGACCCAGUGGACCAAAGGGCACUGAAGGUGGCGGCGGCCUGCCGGGCAGCGACGGCGACCCCGGAGAAGAUGGUCCUUUAGGAGUCCCGGGUGUGAUGGGAGAGCCUGGACUGUUUGGAGUCAAGGGCAGUAAGGGGGAGAGCGGUGUGAAAGGACCUGGAGGCAGAGCGGGCGCUGUGGGAGCUGAAGGAGAGCGAGGAGAUGCCGGAGUACCGGGGUCACUAGGAGCAAAGGGCCUGCAGGGCCAGACUGGGGCCAAAGGUGAGACGGGACCAGAUGGAGACCUGGGUUCAACAGGGAAGAAGGGCAUCAGAGCUGUGAAAGGACAAAAGGGCGGCGUGGGAGAGCGCGCAGACAAAGGACAGCGGGGACCAAAUGGUGCCGUCGGUCGUGGCGGCGUCUCCGGCCCUGUGGGACCGGCCGGCCUCCCGGGUACGAGAGGAGAGCGUGGCGUGCUCGGUGACCUCGGAGUUAAAGGCCAACCCGGACCCAAAGGAGCUCCGGGUCCCUCUGGUCCUGGUCUGAGUGAUGAGCAGGUCCUGCAGCUCUGCAGAGGCGUGGUCACGGCUCAGAUCUCCCAGUACGCCUCCUCCAUCCGGGCCAAGUGCUCCCAGGGCUGCCCCGUCAACAACCGGACGCUCAUCGGGCCCCCAGGAGGUCAAGGGCCGUCGGGAUCAUCGGGCAAAACUGGUAAAGCUGGAAAAUUGGGAUCAAAAGGAGCCAGAGGUGCUCAAGGUGACAGAGGACUGCAGGGACAGGAAGGAGCGCAGGGCGACAGAGGUCAAAAAGGAGCUAAAGCCGUCGCAGGUGCUGCAGGCGAAGGCCUGGCGGGACCCGACGGCCCACAAGGCCUCAGAGGUUUGCCAGGUCACCCUGCAGAACCCAAAAACGGCAUGGAGGGUCCACAAGGUCCGCCCGGCUUCACCGGUCCAGUCGGUCAGUCCGGCAUGCUCGGGAUCGCAGGCGUGCCGGGACUGUGCGAGGCGCGGGACUGCAGCAUUCAUGCGCCGGUGAUGCGCAAAGAGCAAGGUCUGGUGAAAGGACCGGUCAGUUCCAAAAUGUGAACCUGAACACGAGCGAUGAGAUUACAGAAGAGAGAUUCACCUGGAGGCAACUGCAAGGUUCCUUUCUUUGAAUUCCAGCUGACGUUAGAACUUUAAAUUGGAAAGAAAAAAUUAAAAUUUAAGACAAGAGUUUGUUGAAAAGCUAAAAAAGAUUCUACAAUUCUUUGAAAACGUCAGAGGACCAAGUGAAGCACCCUGGGGCACUCCGCUGGGGGCGGUGUGCUGAGGAAUCAAGAAAAGACUUUCCCAUCUGAGCCGCACGACGAUCUUAGAGUUCGUUCUUCAUAAAGAUCGUACCUCUGUCACAGCUUUGAGCAGCGACAGACACGUGUGUUUGAACUAAAGGAUCUUUCCUUCUGUCUCCCUGAAGUCUCUGAGAAAUAAACACAAAGUGCUCUGUAAAUAUUGUGUAAAGUAUCUCAAAUACAUGUGAUCUGAAAUAUGUUUCAGAUAAACUGUCCGAAGUCUUCAGUUUGUUUCAGAGACAUCAGAGACAUCAGAGACAUCGGGGGUCCAGACUUCAGACUCACUGAAGGACCAUCUGUCGUAAUUAUCAGGCAGUAAAAUCUGAUUGUUUGUGUUUCAAAGUGUUUAUAAAAUCACUCUGAUGAACAUCUAAGAACAUAAACUCCCAUCAAAGUACGUUUGUUUUAAGUUGAAAACCCAAAACUAACCCCGAUGUUACACAUUAUCCCGUUAUUAUUAUAUUAUUAUCCUCGUUAUCUUCACGCGACAUUUGUUAUUGAGGAAAAGUCACUUUUACAAUUCUUCUGUUUUCGAUGUUUAGAUGUUAAGAACAUGCAGAGGAUAUGAAUGUUGACCAAAUACUAAUUAAAAUACUAUUUAAAUUUAAAUUUGAGUGGACAUUUCUGAAAAAUCAAUAACAAACAUUUGAACUUCUUUGUCCCUUUAGAUCUCACGCCGUGUGUUUAAC